GUCAGGCCUCCAGGGGAGCCCUUCUCUUCUCUGUUCUCUCAGCGAUGUUCAUAUCACAAGCGGUGUGCAGCUCCAGACUGAGCUUGGCACGUCCCCGACAAUAACGCACUCCAUCUCGGAUUCGUCGCCCCGGACCUGAGGGUACCAGUAACUACCCAGGGUGCUAUUCGGACAUGCUACCUCACCAGGAAACUGCAGACUUUAGACGGGUAUGAUUUGGAUUUGGAAAUGCGAUAUUGUUGCCACUUAAAUCUUUUACAAUCUAUACAAUCUUCACAGAGGCAGUGCCGAGAUUCAAGGACACUUCCUACCCAGGGUUAGGAAAGAAACGUUGCUGAACUUCCCUUUGGCGCAAUUCUGCGAUAAUACGAAAUGCUCUGAGACCACGUUGAAUUCUGAGAAGCACCUGACAAUUGCAUAGUGCACGUUAUCUAAUUGGACGAGGGUUUGACAACUAUUGAAUGACGCUGUCAAAGAACAAUGUUUCAAACUUGUAAAUUGAGGUUUGGCGUUGGUUCUGUCGUCUCCGAUUUGGUAGCCUAAACAUAAAUGGAUACAUCACUUUGGAAUACAAGCCCCUAUUGUCGCGUGUUUUAGGAUACACAAUGCUAGUACUACUAUUGAGAUUACUGUGCUUUUCACUUUGUAGAGAGGUUGUUUUCACUCACAUACACCGGGAGAAGACAAAGACAAAUGUUACUCCUAGACAUGAGUAUGCCGUCACUAACGGGAACGUAAACAAAACCAAUAGUAGGCAGAGUUGGCACUCUGUGUAUGGCAGAGUUGUCAACGAAAUGGACAGUAAAAGGGUGCAUACCUCAAGUGCAUCGUCUUGGGAUGUGGUUAGGACAUGGGUGGAGAACAUGAAUGGGACUGUUAAUAUGAAAAGAGUUAUGAAUGAAAGAGCAAUAGUGCGCAAAGGCCAUUCUUCAAAUGAAACCGAUUAUGUUACGUUACUCGAGGAUGGAAAGUCAGAGAGCCUCGAGGUGGAAAAGUUGGACACCGAGCAGCAUGCAACCAUGGAAACGCGGGAUUUUGUAUAUGGUCAUUUAAACCCCUCCAUGAGACGCACGCGAGGAGGACACCACCGUAACGAGCACAAACGGAUCUGCAGACACAAAAGAGGGACUGUAAGCCGUCGGAGAAGAAAUGUGAAGGAUGGCAGUAAGAAAGAUAACAAAAUAAGUGAGCCAACCAUGCUGUCAGAUGCGUCUUUGGAUGCACUGUUGGCCAUGUGGAAACCGCUGCCUAAACCUAUGGCCCAGAACCAGUCAACAGACUUGCCAUUUGACGCCAGUGAUUAUGAACAGUUCACUUUACCAGACCUCCAGGACUAUACCACACUGAUUCCUCUCAAUCCUCAAACAAAGAGAAAAUAUGUAAAAACUAACUUUUACCCCAUAACAGCAGAAUCAUAUGCCAUCAUGAUCAUUUCAGUCAUCAUUUUUACUGUUGGAAUAAUUGGGAAUAUGGCAAUCAUGUGCAUUGUGUGCCACAACUACUACAUGAGAAGUAUUUCAAAUUCUCUUCUUGCCAAUCUCGCCCUUUGGGAUUUUGUUGUCAUCUUUUUCUGCCUGCCGCUGGUGAUAUUCCAUGAACUAACCAAGAACUGGUUGUUGGGGGAGUUCUCCUGUAAAAUCAUCCCCUAUAUUGAGGUCGCCUCCCUAGGGGUUACCACCUUUACCCUGUGCGCUUUGUGCAUUGACCGCUUCCGCGCUGCCAACAACGUCCAGAUGUACUAUGAGAUGAUUGAGAACUGUGCCUCCACGGCUGCCAAGCUGGCCGUUAUCUGGAUCGGGGCUCUCCUAUUGGCCCUGCCAGAGCUCCUGAUCCGCCAGCUGGUCACUGAAGAUGGCGAGCCUCCGGAUGUGACGCCCUGCCAGCGCUGCGUGGUUCGUAUCUCCACCGAGCUCCCUGACACGCUCUACAUGCUGGGCCUGACCUAUGAUGGUGCUCGCCUCUGGUGGUACUUUGGCUGCUACUUCUGCCUACCCACGCUGUUCACCAUUGGCAGCUCCCUGGUGACCGCCUGUAAGAUCCGGCAGGCCGAGCGGGCCUGUGUGCGAGGCAACAAGAAACAGAUCCAUCAGGAGAGCCAGAUGAACUGCACAGUUGUGGCUUUGGCCAUCCUCUAUGGCUUCUGCAUCAUCCCAGAGAACAUCUGCAACAUCGUCACUGUCUACAUGGCGGCGGGUAUUCCCAGACGGACCCUGGACAUUCUCCAUCUGGUCAGCCAGCUGCUGUUGUUCUGUAAAUCGGCAGUGACACCUGUCCUGCUGUUCUGCCUGUGCCAGCCCUUCAGCCGGGCCUUCCUGGACUGCUGCUGCUGCUGCUGUGAUGAGUGUGGCCCGCCCAGAUCUUCCACCUCCGCCACUACCAGUGAGGAGAACGAGCACGAGUGCACCACCACCGACCUAGAGCUGUCGCCCUUCAGCACCGUCCACAGGGAGGCAUCCUCCUCCUACACCACUGCGGCGACCCACUGCUAAGAAGGGUCAAAAGGUCAUGACCUCCAUCAGAUGUUACAACUGCCCUGGGAAGAGGUCAAGAGAUCGGACUGUAAAACUAUUGGGCUGGUUUCCCGGCACCCGGAUUAAAUUUACUCCAUGAUGCUAGCUAGUCUGGGGAUAUGCUUAAUCUGAGACUGGGAGACCCUUAAAGUUAGGAUUAGUAAAUGUUUUAAUCCCAACAAUUUAGGAGUUGAGGGCACAACAUAUGUCUCGGUUUACUCAAGUUGUGUACAGUUGAAAGUCGGAAGUUUACAUACACUGAAGUUGGCGUCAUUAAAUCUUGUUUUUCAACCACUCCACAAAUUUCUUGUUAACAAACUAUAGUAUUGGCAAGUCGGUGAGGACAUCUACUUUGUACAUCACACAAGUACAUUUUCCAACAAUUGUUUACAUGGAAAUGAUUUCACUUAUUCACUGUAUCACAAUUCCAGUGGGUUAGAAGUUUGCAUACACUAAGUUGACUGUGCCUUUUUUAACAGCUUGGAAUAUUCCAGAAAAUGAUGUCGAGGCAUGCAUGCCGAAGGACACCAUCCCAACCGUGAGGCACAGGGGUGGCAGCAUCAUGCUCUGGGGAUGCUUUGCUGCAGGAGGGACUGGUGCACUUCACAAAAUAGAUGGCAUCAUGAGGUAGGAAAAUUAUGUGGAUAUAUUGAAGCAACAUCUCAAGAUAUCAGUCAGGAAGUUAAAGCUUGGUCGCAAAUGGGUCUUCGAAAUGGGCAAUGACCCCAAGUAUACUUCCAAAGUUGUGGCAAAAUGGCUUAAGGACAACAAAGUCAAGGUAUUGGAGUGGCCAUCACAAAGCCUUGAAAAUGUGUGGGUAGAACUGAAAAAGCGUGUGCGAGCAAGGAGGCCUACAAACCUGACUCAGUUACACCAGCUCUGUCAGGAGGAAUGGGACAAAAUUCACCCAACUUGUUGUGGGAAGCUUGUUGAAGGCUACCCAAAAUGUUUGACCCAAGUAAAAAAUGUAAAGGCAAUGAUACCAAAUACUUAUUGAGUGUAUGUAACCUUCUGACCCACUGGGAAUGUGAUGAAAGAAAAUAAAGCUGAAAUAAAUCAUUCUCUCUACUAUUACUCUGACAUUUCACAUUCCUAAAAUAAAGUGGUGAUCCUAACUGACCUAAAACAGGGAAUUUUUACUUGGAUUAAAUGUCAGGAAUUGUGAAAAACUGAGUUUAAAUGUACUUGGCUAAGGUGUAUGUAAACUUCCGACCUCAACUGUAUGAUAAAUUGUUCAUUUGUUUACAGAAACCAUACAGAAAGUAAUGUGAAUAGUUCAAUUCAACAUUUUGAAAUUAUUAACUCACCUGUAUAUUCUCUUUUUGAAUUUGCACUGAAAUUUACCUUUUACUUUAAUUUGUUUUGUUGUUUUUUUGUCAUGUUUUAAUUGUAUUUUGUUGUCUCUUCCUGCUUCCAGAGUGUCUCAAAUGGAAAGCAAUAUAUUGAAAUGGCUGGUCGUAGUGUAUUAUGUUUUGCCGAUAAUGGUGAUUCUUGUGAAUCAGUUCAGUUAUUCCUAGCUCCCUUGCUAUGUAAGUAUAUUAUUCCGUCUGUAUUUGAUAGCAGAAAACUGUGCGAUACACUUCAGUCAGCCAGUAAACUUACUGGAGUGGUGUUUUUUUUAACUCACUUUAAUAAAUAAAUAUAAAAAGA